CGAAUUUCGAGUAGUGUUGGUUGGUCUUUAAACUGUGGCUUGAACCCUCAAACACACUCGCGAAAGUUGAUUAAAGUAGGAGUUUAAAAUCUUUCCCUGAAGUGAAGUGGUGAUGGAGGCAAACACACUUGAGGAAAAGCUUCUCCUCUACGCUAAAGACGGCAGUUGUUCUCAUAUUCAGAGCCUCCUUCAGUCGAGAAUCAACCAAAGCAGCUCUCUGAACAUCAACUGCAGAUCCAGAUCUAAAGCCAGUUUAGGAUGGACCCCCCUCCACCUGGCCUGCUGCUCUGGACACAGGGAAGCUGUGCAGGAGCUGCUUAAGGCAGGUGCUGAUGCAAAUUUGCAGAAUAACAUGGGUGACACACCUCUACACAAAGCAGCGUUUACUGGGAGAAAGGAGAUUGUUCUCUUGCUGCUGCGGUAUGAUGCCUGUUCCAACAUAAUCAAUGGAACAGCUCAAAUCCCUAAAGAUGUGACAGAGGAUGAUGAAAUCAUUACAAUGCUGGAGGCUGCAGAGAGGAGAGAGACAAGGCGGUGGGAGGAGAAGCUUCUGGAAGCAGCCAGAGAGGGGGACAUCUCCACUCUGUCUAAACUGCUCAGUAGAGAAGAACCUCCAGAUAUUCACUGCAGGGACUCUGUGGGGAACACUCCCUUACACUGUGCCGCCUACAGGGGGCAGAAGCAGUGCAUUAUAAACCUGCUCAACUCUGGAGCCAGCCCCAGUAUUAAAAACACCCAUGACCAGACUGCUUUAGACCUGACCCGCAGUGAUGAACUGAGACUGAUUCUAGCAGCCUAUCAAGUCAGGGAUGAGAGCAGUGGGGUGAAGAAGAUUGAAGGCCCUCUUUGGAAGAGUUCACACUUUCUGGGAUGGCGAUCCCACUGGGUGGUCAUUGAGGAUGGAACGCUCUCCUGGUAUCCCAGAAAGGCUGAUGCCCUGGCUGGUGUCAGAAAACAAGGGUGUAAGUCUCUAACAAAAGCCUACUGCAUGGUCAAACCAUGGGAUCAUUGCUUCUUCAUGCUUAAGUGUUUUGAUGACACUGUACAUUAUUUCAAGGUCUCCUCAAAGACUGAUUCAGUGGCAACAAGAAAAAGAUGGUUAGAUGCAUUUGAGGCACAUUCAUCCUACAGCACUCGCCACUGCACCCAAGAAGAAUUGAUCAUCGAUGCCAAUGGUUGUGCUGAAGAAACAGUGAGGAAUCUGCCACAAGCCCUUCAGGCAGCCAACGCUUCCCAGCAGAAAUUGGAGAGUGAAGUGUCAAUAUUUCUCUCAAUGGUGAAGAAUGAGGAGAACAGUGCACUGCCUGCCCCACUUCUACUGAAAGCCAAAGAGACCAGUGAGCUCUCCAGUGAAACCUGUGCUGCUCUCCAUCUGUGCCUUGAACUGCUGUCAAAACAGGAGGAGGUGUGGAGCCUGCAGUUGGAGCAAGAGGAGGAGAAGAACAAAGCUCUGACGGAGGCUCUGGAGACCUUGUCAACCGACCACUACGAACUCAAGCAGUCCCUGAGUAAGAGCAGGAGGUCGUCCACCCUCAGUACCCUCACUGAAGAUGACUUCUAUGACGCUGUGUCAGAGUCGGAGUCGGAGCUCUCGGUGAGCGGCUUCCUGUCUGUGGCCAGUCCUUCCUGUGAAGAGGACGAGGGCAGAGACACCCCCCUUCGCAGCAGUCUCCGCCGUCCCAGCGCACUCAGGGGGCCUACAGGAAUGUCAGGGGAGGGUAACCAUGGCAACCAACCCGCCCAGCAGAACGGAGUGGAGAAUCAAAGAACAUCACUGCCGGCUCCCAUGUUCUCCAGGAAUGACGUCAGCAUCUGGAGUAUCCUGAAAAAAUGCAUUGGCAUGGAGUUGUCAAAGAUUGCCAUGCCUGUGAUAUUCAAUGAGCCUCUGAGUUUCCUCCAGCGGUUAUCAGAGUACAUGGAGCACACCUACCUCAUCCACCAGGCCAACACAGCUACAGACUCCGUUGAGAGGAUGAAGUGUGUUGCAGCGUUUGCUGUGUCGGCAGUAGCGUCGCAGUGGGACAGGACUGGGAAACCCUUCAACCCUCUGCUGGGGGAGACCUAUGAGCUCAUCAGAGACGAUCUGGGCUUCAGGUGGGUGUCGGAGCAGGUAAGCCACCACCCUCCAGUCAGUGCCUUUCAUGCUGAGGGCCUCAAAGAGGAUUUUGUCUUCCAUGGCUCCAUCUACCCCAAACUCAAGUUUUGGGGUAAAAGUAUAGAAGCUGAGCCCAAAGGACUCAUCACACUGGAGCUGCCCAAAUAUAAUGAAAGCUACACCUGGACAAACCCCACCUGCUGUGUCCAUAACAUCAUUGUCGGUCAGCUUUGGAUUGAGCAGUAUGGCAGUGUGGAAGUGAUAAAUCACAAGACCGGAGAGAGAUGCAGCAUGAUGUUCAAACCCUGUGGCCUCUUUGGGAAAGAGCUACAUAAAGUGGAGGGAUUCAUCUUGGAUAAAAGCAAAAAGAAGCUCUGUGCAAUAUAUGGCAAAUGGACUGAUUGCCUUUACACAGUAGACCCCGCUGCCUUUGAUGCUCACAAAAAGAGUGACAAAAAGAAUCUGGAUGAAAAGAAGGGGAAUAAACAGAGCAGUGUGGACGAGGAGCCGGAGGAGGUUCCUCCACCUGACGCUGAGACGGUGACGGUGAUCCCCGGCAGCGAGCUCAUCUGGAAGAUAACGCCACGGCCAGACAACUCCGCCAAGUUCUAUGCAUUCUCUUCCUUCGCCAUGCACCUAAAUGAGUUGGAGAAGAGCAUGGAGGGAGUUAUUCCCCAAACAGACAGUCGCUUCAGACCUGAUAUAUGCGCCAUGGAGAAUGGAGAUAUAGAUUUGGCAAGUGCAGAGAAGAAGAGACUUGAGGAAAAACAGAGAAUGGCCCGGAAAAAUCGCACCAAAUCAACAGAUGAAUGGAAAAACAGGUGGUUUCAACAAGGACCCAACCCUCACACCAAAGCUCAGGACUGGCUCUACUCGAAAGGCUACUGGGGGAGAAACUACACUAAUCUGCCUGAAAUCUACUAAUAUGUAGAAAAUACACACAAAUAGUAUACAAACGGAUGUCUUCUUUUACCAUCUUUGAACUUGAUCUGCUGUACUGGGGUUCAUGCAAGGGCUCCAUAGGAGAUGCAACUAUAGAGUGGUGCAGGAAUGAAUCCUUAAAUCUGUAAAUGAGUUAGCAUUUAACACUUCCAGGUCCUUUGUGACAAAGUCAAUAUGUGUUUUUUUUAAAUAUGCUUUUGGUGACUUGCUUUUGAUAUAAAUGACUGAGGUUGGUGAUUAACACUAGUUUAAGAUAUUGUACUGUUCUGUUGCUCUACAUAAAUACUACGCUUUAAGCUUUUACCUGUCUUUAAAUAGGUGGUUGCUAACAAGUGGCUAAAUUAAACUACUAAACAGCAUCACACCAAACACUAGUCUGCCUUUAGCGUCGUGGUGGUGACCUCAGCUAUGCAACUGUGUAGAUUGUUUAUAGCCUUACGUUAGCUAUGUUCUCCUGGCGGUUGAAUUUAUGCCUCAAUAAUAGAUGUGGCUUUAAGUUGUUAAGAUUGUCUUUCUGAACAAUACGUGUACUUAACCUUUUGUUUGUCACUGAGAUAUGUAAGAGUCUAAUCCAAAGCCUGAUAGAACAAUCCUAUUGACUUCUUGUUAUGAGAACCAAUGCAGUGCUAACUUCCAGGUCGGCCUAAAGAAAUGCGUCGUCCCUGCACCACUUUAAUAUCAUGGAGUUCUUGCAGAACACCAGGUAGGGUUAAACAAAUAUGCUUUAAAAGUCUGAAGGCAACACUGACUGAAAACCAGAGACAUUCUUCGAUGUGUGAACAAUGAAGCACAACAACCUUUUCUUAUUUAUUGUGGUUCAUGUCCACUUGAGUAUGGUAGAGGCAUGUAUUGGAAAAACUAGAAUGUAUUUUAGAAAUAUGUAUUUAUAUGUUAAGAUAGAUGGAGUGCAACCUUAAUUUUGCUGUUUGUAGUUUGUGGAUAAUUCCUGCUGGUAUUGGAAACAUUUUCCUUCAGUGCAGAGACGCACGAUGCAUUUUGAGCACACUGAUAAGAGUUUAUUUAACUCGGACACUGCUUGCAUACUAUAGUGCAAUGAGGUUUGCAAAUAGGCAAUUUGGAAACAUUCCCUAUGUUUUCAAUUUGUAGCUAAAUUAAUGGUGCAUGUAAUUUGACUAAUUUAACAGAUUGUUUUUUGGUGUCCUGCAAUCAGUUGUAGAUCUGUCUAACCGUUUCUCUGUGAAUUUAAUAGCAAGGAAAUUGUCACCACAUCCAACAAGAAUCAUAUCCACUACCACAACAGCAAAGCUUUUUCAAUUAAAUAAAUGUUUAAAUAUAUCAUUAAGUCCUUAACUAUGUACUGUAUAGAUGUGUAUAGAGACUAAAAGCGUUGCACAUAAGUCUACCUGACUCUGGACACAGUAGCACUUUUUUCUAACUAUACUAAAGCAGGGACGCUGGCUCUGCACUUAUGAAACGUGUGUGUGUUUGUUUAAGUCUUGCCAUAGUUGAUUAUAUUUAGCUAUAUCUAUUUAAAAUGAAACUAUGACAAUAAACGCAUGUGCUUCACUAUAACUAUGCAAGCCUUACCCUCACAAUCAAGCACUGAAUAUUCCCUUUCUAAAGUUGUGGAUAGCUGCUGUAGGUUCUAGGUGUUUUUCUGUUAUCACUCUUUUGGGUAUCAGAACAGAAUUUCUAUUGUUGCUAAAUAAAAGCUUACUGUUGAUUGAACUUUUUUGGUUUGUGCUAUUCUUCUCAUGCUUGCUAAGCGUUAUUGACAUAUUUUACAAGGUAGUGUCAACCCCACUGUCUGGCCUACCAUUGGCCAUAUCCUACUUUAUUACGCCCCUGGCAACCAGUCAUGACAUUUGUCUUGGCCUUCCUGUUUUGGUGAUUUACAACCAAAUGAUGCUUAAUGCUUUCACAAUGUAUCCUUAGACCCCUAAAGGAUUUGAAAGAAAAAAAAAAAAAGUUUGAAAAUCAUUGGCAGUAAUUAGCCCCUUUCUUAAGAUUUAUUUUUGUUUCCAUUUUUAGGCGUUCUUAUAUUUUAUGCAUCGGAAUUAUAGCAUUGAGGUUAGACUAACCCCAUUAAAAGUAUUUAAUGAAUGCACCAGAUACACCUUGUUCAUUUGUUUAUAAUUGAUGAAAAAAAUAAAGUUUGCCAUCAGUUCCAUUUGUUGUAUGUGCAUUAAUCAUGUAAUGUACGCCUAAUCAAGUUAGGAGGGUACAACCAUAAUCCAUUUAACAAUAUUUAUUUUAUUAUCUUAAAACAAACAAUAUAAAUAAAGACCAUUGUAUGGCCUACAGUAGCACGCUGCACCUCGGCCUCUCACACGAUGUUGGCACAACUAUUAAAACCUGUGUGCGAGACAUAUUUACACUGAUAAAGACAAGUCCGGUAAAAAAGAGGCUACGCUAAAAAAUCAUUUAGUACUCAUGCCUAUGGAUUAGCAAAGCAUUUACAUCACAAAUGUCACGUUGUCAAACAACACUGAGGUGGCUGAGUCAUUAAUUUGAUUGCUUUGUCAGUCAACGCUUUGUGCCAUUGCUCUAUUUAACCUGACUUUUCUCCUAAUCAGAGGAAAAGUAGUCCCUCUGUGGAUCAAUGCCUGAUGCUUUUCACAAAUGUAUUUAAUGAUUGUCAUCUGAUUCGACUUGCAUUUUGAUUUGCACUUGCACAUGUAGAC